GGAGUUCGCUCAGGAAAACAACGCCAAACAUGGGGCCCAGGCUUUCUCCUGUGCAGCCAGUGAGGGAGCCCCGGAGUAAGAGGGGACUGAAAAGGUGGCCGUGGGCUUUCCAAGUUCUACUUGCUGUUGUGCGAGAUCUCAUUUCCUUGAAGUGACACAGCUGUGUGGAGGGCGGAGGUGAAGAGUGUUCGCCAGGAUGGGAAACCAGGAAGGGAGUGGGCAAGGCUGUGUGGUUUGCAUUGUACAGAGCUCAGGGAGAAGGGACCAGGGAGAGCGAUCACAGCGCUCAAGAGGGAAUUGGGACCCUCUCUGACCAGCUUCUUCAUCAGCCUCCGAGCGUGGGGUCCUCCCAGCCUGGAGGGGCCAGCGGUAGGGAGCAGCGUGACCUUGAGCGAGCAGGUCUACAUCUGGAAUGCUGCGCGGAAACCCCUCUUUCUUGGGUUGGUCAGGAAGGGAUCAAGUUACCUUCUGCUCUGUCAACCGAGGGGCUCCCUCCUUGGGGUAGCCAGCUAAGGACUGACUGAGGGGCCCAAGCUGGUUUGUGGGGUGUGGGAGAGAGGCCGGGCGACCUAGGGAAGAGAGGAGGCUCGGGGAAGGGGCUGGUGGGAAAGGCUGCGGCCCGGGCGCAGCGUGGGACGGUGGGAUACGGAGCUGUACGCGAGGCUGAGGCAAAGAGACAGGCGGAGCCGAGACCAGGGACCCUCGGCGGCGCCAGGGCCUCUCCUCUCCGGCUCCACGGGGACGCGCGUGCGUCCUGGCCCUCGCGCCCCGCCUUCCGAUUCUCCCCGCGCCGCCUCCCAGCGCCAUUCCCCACGUCCCGUUGUCCGGGCCAUGGAGGGUUUGGUGCUGCGCCCCGCCAAGGACUACCGGGUGGUGCUGCUGGGCAGCGUGGCGGUGGGCAAGACGGCGCUGGCCACGCAGUUCGCGUGCGGCCGUUUCCCCGAGCGCUGCGAGCCGUCGGUGGAGGAGCUGUUCAGCAAGGUGAUCGAAGUAAACCGGGCUCCCGCGCUGCUGGAGAUCGUGGACACGGUGGGCGCCGAGCAUCUGGUCACCCUCAAGGACCUGUACAUCAGGAACAGCGACGGCUUCGUGGUGCUCUACAGCGUCUGCAACGAGGCCUCGUUCCAGGCUGUGCGGCCGCUGCGGGAGCGCAUGGGCCGGCUGCGGGGCUCGCGCGCCGUCCCGCUCGUGUUGGUGGGCACCAAGGUCGACCUGGACGCCGAGCGCCAAGUACUGACGGCUCAGGGCCGCGCGCUGGCCCGCGAGUGGCGCUGCCCUUUCCUGGAGAUCACGGCCAAGAGCAAAAUGAUGGUGGACCGCGUGUUCACGCAGGUGGUGCGCGAGAUGGAGGCCCUGGCCCCGCCAGGGCGGGAGGCUCCACGCAUCCCCGCCAACGCCCCGGAGACGUGGCCGGCCGAGAGGUUCAUUGGCUAGCGCGCCGCGGUGCGCGGGCUCAGUGCCUUUCCCUACAAAGUUAUCCAACAGUAAACAAGUGGCUGCUUUUCUGUGUAUUCAGCAAAGGGUGCUGGUGCCUCAAGCUGCCUGCGUGUCUUUCUUCAACGUCAGGCAGAAACUUUGCAGCAUCCCCUACGUUGACCUCCGGCUGUGCUACGAGAAGAAACCAAAAUUUACAUUUUACUGUAGAGAGAAUUUACAGCCCUGCUCAGUCUGUUUCUGGACCCCCACCUGCCCGUCUAAGUUUUGUAAAUAGGAACUCGUGAGCUCUUUUGAUUGGUUGGGAAGUGUGCGCUGAAGAGAUGCUUUCUUCUGCUUGAGGAGGGUUUUCCUCUCCUUCACAGACUUGAAUCCAGCAGUAAGAUUUUCCUCAACAUGAAUUCCUAAAUAUAGUUAUGACUUAUGCCAUGUUGGUCUGAAAGGGGAUACUGUACGGGGGCGGGGGGUUGGACGGGAACACACAACUGUGCACACACACAAAGAUAGCUCGGCCCUACCUUGUAAUUGACAUUUAGUUGUUUUCCACAUCCCUGCAUUGGAAAUAAAAUUUAGAAGUUGGUAA